AUCGUUUGUCACUGUUGCGAGAUCAUUCAUAAACCCCAGUCAUCUCUCUAAACCCCAGCAGCCCCUUCCUCACUUCUUCAUUUUUCUCUCAUAGUAAUCUUCUCUCCAUGGGCAGCAGCCAAGCAGCGGUUUCAUUUCUAACUAAUCUUGCACGCGCCGCUUUCGGUUUGGGCGCUGCAGCCACCGUCCUGAACGCCUCGCUUUACACCGUCGAUGGAGGACAACGCGCUGUGCUAUUCGACAGAUUUCGUGGUGUUAUCGACACCACUAUCGGUGAAGGGACACACUUUCUGAUCCCGUGGCUGCAGAAGCCCUUUAUCUUCGAUAUUCGUACCCGGCCCCAUACUUUCUCGUCCAUCUCCGGUACCAAGGAUCUCCAGAUGGUCAAUCUCACUCUCCGUUUGCUCUCUCGUCCCGAUGUUUCACGAUUGCCCUAUAUCUUUCAACACCUCGGUCUUGAGUAUGAUGAGAAGGUGCUUCCCUCAAUUGGCAAUGAGGUUUUGAAGGCUGUGGUUGCGCAGUUCAAUGCUGAUCAGCUCCUCACUGAACGUCCCCAUGUGUCAGCUCUGGUCCGGGAGUCUCUUAUCAAGCGUGCUAAGGACUUCAACAUUUUGCUGGAUGAUGUGGCGAUCACUCACUUGUCUUAUGGAUUGGAGUUCUCUAGGGCUGUGGAGCAGAAACAGGUGGCACAGCAGGAAGCAGAGAGGUCCAAGUUUGUUGUCAUGAAGGCUGACCAGGAGAGGAGGGCUGCAAUUAUCAGGGCAGAAGGUGAGAGUGAAGCUGCCCAUCUGAUCUCUGAUGCAACUUCAAAGGCUGGUAUGGGGUUAAUUGAGCUAAGGAGGAUUGAGGCAUCAAGAGAAAUUGCUGGAACUCUGGCAAAAUCACCCAACGUAGCAUACCUUCCUGGUGGAAACAACAUUCUGAUGGCACUCAAUGCAAAUCGUUGAAUAGGGUAUUUGAGGGCGGCACAAUUGCAUUAACCGGAUUGUGAAUUGCUGAAGUAGCAUUUGCUUUGUUGCUAGAGAACUUUUUGAGGUUACUGAUUACAGACCCAAUAUAUGUAGACCUCCCUUAAGAAUCAGAAGUUUAGUAUUCAAACAUCAGAUUCUAUGUUACAACUGUGUUCUACCAUUUCAUAACUCCAAAGAUGGGUUUCAAUA